CCAUUUUGGCUCAAGGACUAGCUCGAGACUUCGUACAAGAGCGCAGACUCUUCCCUGCAUCAACGCGGGGGCCACAUGCUGCGUGAACCAUUACGGGGCGACUGCUGCGAGGGGUUCGUUGUCCGCACGACCACGGAAGACCCAGUUUGGCGCUGCGCGUUCGCCGUCGGUCAAGCAGUGCGUGUUUGGUGGAGGCAGACGACAGGCAGCCAGUACCUCGCGUCGCCAACAAGCCGCAGACAGUUUUGGAGGUACUACUGGAUUUCAAUUCUUUUUUGGCUGGCUUCUUGGAUCGGCUUGACGUGCGCAGGAGAGGUCACCUUUGGCAUUGCGGAGCAGUGGUUCUUGCUGUCGCUAGUGUUGUUGAUGCUGCUGUCCUUGGCCAUGACGGCAUUGCCAACGACAUCCGUAUGGUCGGACAUCUUCAUUACCACCACAUUCAGUGUGAUGUUUUGGAUGCUUAACGUACACUCUCCCCUGAAUGGUGUGAUUACACAACUCCCCGUGUACAUCCUUGUGUGCUGGGCCCUUGGAUUGCACAGUUCCUGUGUACUGUAUUUCGGCAUUUCUGGAGGCAUCUGCGUCCUCCAUUGCGCUCCGAGCGUGGAUCCGCUCAUAUUGGUUCAGGCGAUGGUGGUUUUUGUCCCAGUCUUCUUCCUUGAGUGGCUGGGUACGGCCCAUUUCUGGAAACUGCAGGAUCUCCUCAACGUUUCGACAGACGGGCAGUUGAUAAUAAACAGGAGCACUGGCGUCGUUGUCACCGUGACCGAACAGGUGCAAGAACUAUUAGGCGGAAGCACUGUUGGGACACAAUUCAAGCACUUCGUUCAUAGCAGUGAUCGUGCCCAAAUCGAUCGUCUGUGUAGCACGAGUCGUGGUGAGCCCUGGGAGACUUUCUUGGCCACGCUUCACCCUAUAGACUCUUCGAAAGGCAUGCCUACGCAUGAGUUCGACGCUUGCAUCAUACCUUACGAAAUCACUGGGCCUCUUUUGCACUUUUGCGUUCAAGUCGUGGGAGAGGUGAGGUCAUGCGAUUUUGGCACUCGCUCCGAGCAGUCACCAAUGGAGAACUCGAGCGCCGCUCCAGGCAGUACCACUCUAUGCAACUCUCAGCAGACACCGAUAAACACUUCGAGCGCCACUUUGGCCCAGAUCGAACGCCACUCCAGGCAGGGAGACAGCGCGACACCAGUCGCGCAUCAAGGGCAUCAGGACUAUGGUCAGCAGUCGAUGUGUCGUGGGGAUGAAGCAGCACCGCCUGCUGAGCACCAGGGCCUCGGCCUGUGUGUCGGGCAGGAGAACAGCGUGGCGUCGUCCGCGCUCCGGGAGCGCCAGGACGACGGCGGGACGUCCUCGAACGCCGAGGACGCGGCGUGGAUGGCGCUGCACGAGUCGCCCGACGAGACGGACGCGAGCGCUGGCCGCCCGCCGAGGUCGCCCGCCGAGGGGGCCGCACCGCCGCGGGGGCCGCCGGGGGCCUCGGCGGGGAGCGCGCUCCGGCGGGCUGGCCUCCGGGAGCCGGCAGGGGGCCCCGGGCAGGGCGGCCGCGGGAGGCCGAACCAGUUGCUGCCCGCCAGGGCCGCCGGGCCAGGGGGCGGGCGGGCGCCCCGCGCGCCGCCGGCGGGCGGCGUGGGCGCGAGCGAAGCGGGGCAGGUCGGGGUCCCCGCGGGCUCUGGUGCUCUGGGCGCACGGCGCUCGCAGCGCUCGCGGGCUCCGCUGUCGGGGGGCGCCGUCCCGGUGCGCUGGGUGUCGAUGUAG